AUGGUCGAUCGAAUAACUUCAUUAUGCCUGUCAGACGAAGAUGAUACUCCUGGGCAAAUCGAUCAAUUCUUCGAACAUGGUUUCACAUUUCAUCAAUUUAUUAAUUUACGAUCACUUUACUUAUAUGAUAUUCGGUCUGAAACAAUGAUGGAUAAAGUUAUACUUGAUUUACCACAUUUGUCGAGUCUGACCCAUCUUAUCUUCGGACAAUGUUAUUUUCCAUUGAGAUCAAAUUAUGAAAAAGCUGUCUCUUUUGCAAAUUGUAUUUGGAGUUUACCUAAACUUAGCUACUGUUGUAUUAAAGUAGACUAUAAAUAUCGACAAACUCAUCAUUUUACGGACAGAUGCCGUCGUGAUAAUGGUAUUUUUAUUGCUCCAACAGUGACUUCAUCAACACUUGAAUAUUUGUCGCUUAUAGGUAUGAAACAAUGUGACAUUAUAAUGGAUCAGUUAUUCACACAUACACCAUAUCUUCGACGUAUUUUAGCUGAUAAUUGUUUGAAUAUAAAUAUGAAUUCAUUGUCGAAUUUAUUAUCAAUGACUACUUUAAAUAUAUCACUAUUAAGUUUUCAAUAUUGGGAUAGUUUCUUUAAUUUUUUACGAAAGAUGCCUAACCUACGUCAUUUAAAAAUAGAAUUCUGUUCAGUUUAUUCGUAUGUGAAUGGGCAAAGAUGGGAACAAAUAAUUCUUAAUUAUUUACCAAAACUUGAGCGACUGCAAUUUAAAAUGUUAGUUUCCUUAAAUAACGAUCUGGAAGAAGAAGAAGAAGAAGAAGAACAAAUUGACAGAAUACUUGAUAAAUUUCGAAGUCAAUUUUGGCUAGUGGAACAUCAUUGGUUUGUUCAAUGUGAUUGGAACUUACAUAGAGAAUGUGCUAUUCUCUAUACUUUACCAUAUGCGUUUGAUAGUUUUCGUUUUUAUUCGCCUAUACAGUCAAAAUCAACCUCACCAUAUGAUAAUGACUUACGAUCAUAUGAUAAUGUGCAUAGUUUGAUAUAUAAACCUCGUUUAUUCAAUAUGUCAUCUUCAUCUCAUAUUCAAUUUUUUAACAUUCAACAUCUUUCAAUUGAAUUUCCAAUCAAUGCUCAUUUUUUGUCUAUUAUUCCACGAUUCGAUCAUUUGAUUUCACUUGAUGCACUAUCAAAUAAUUAUGAUGAACACUGUCAACAUCAACUACAAGAUUUACUUGAUAGAGCUCCUCGUCUAUCUUCAAUACGUCUUGGUUGGAAAACUUUGACAAGUUCUCUAGUUCAACUUUUUGCAAGUCGAAAUUGGUCAGUAUAUCAACUUGAAUUAUUAUGCUAUGGUCGAUCUUUAAAUAGACAACAAUGCAUUAUGAUAAGUAAUAUAAUACCUAGUAUUCAUUGUAAAGUACUGAAUCUUAUGAUUGCUAAUCGAACAUGUAUACUUGAGUUUAUUAAUACAAUGAAUCAUCUUCGUGCAUUGAAUAUUCGAUGUCAAAAUGAUGAAUCUAGUCGAUCAGCACAAUCGACACAAGAUGAACUCUGUACAUGGUUGCAACAACAGAUUUCAUCCACAUUUUCCACUACGAAAAUAACUCGACGAGAUACUAUUGUUCGAAUGUGGAUUCAUUAA